UCCGCCAGCUCAGUUGUCCACCAAGCUGUCGAACUACGCAGUAAACUGUUGACUGCAUUUGAUCAUUUUCGUCGAUCCUGCGGUGAGACAUCAUCAACAAUGUCCAUGGCUCAGUGUAUACGAACUUUGGCCUCAAGGAUGAAUGCAGCAUGCGGAAGUCCGGAUGCAUGGCCUGUGCGCAUGCGCAUACGCCAGGAAGAUGAACUACCCCAUUUGGAGUUGCUGGGAGCAAGUCCUUUUUUCGGAUCUACGUUGUCAGUGUUCCCAGGUCUCCCAAGCGUAGGAGAGACGACGUCA